CGAAAUCAGUCGAGGGCGAAUCAAAAUCGUGAUAGAUACCAAAGAAGUGGAUGUGAGGAAAGAACGUACAAUUUUUUCUCCAAUAAUUCCAUAAAGUGCUGAAAAUUUUUCAAACUAAUGAAAUAAAAUCAAAUUAAUAGAAAAAUUAUCGAAAAAUUCUUGAAAUAGCACUCAAGUUUUAUAAAGUAUAACACAAACGAAUUAAGAUAGAAAAAAAUUAACAGUUACAACAAACGAAUAACCCACAAACGUAGUCGCGCAGUAAUCAGUGGCCGUAAGGCAGCCACUUUUCGAGUAAGGGCAGAGGCCCAAGCAGUACAACUACCAGCAAAAUGGAGCAACUAAUUCCAAUCGUUAAUAAGCUACAAGAUGCAUUCACGCAAUUGGGCGUGCAUAUGCAGCUUGAUUUGCCACAGAUCGCUGUCGUAGGCGGUCAAUCGGCCGGAAAGAGUUCGGUGUUGGAGAAUUUCGUUGGCAAAGAUUUUUUGCCUCGUGGUUCAGGCAUUGUAACACGUCGUCCAUUGAUCUUACAGUUGAUUAACGGCGUUACCGAACAUGGUGAAUUUCUGCAUUGUAAGGGUAAGAAAUUCACCAGUUUCGAUGAGAUCCGUAAAGAGAUCGAGGAUGAAACGGAUCGUGUAACUGGCAGUAAUAAGGGCAUAUCUAAUAUACCAAUCAAUUUGCGUGUCUACUCACCACACGUACUCAAUCUGACACUCAUCGAUUUGCCUGGUCUAACCAAGGUAGCGAUCGGCGAUCAGCCCGCAGAUAUUGAACAACAAAUUAAAGGAAUGAUCUUUCAAUUUAUACGCAAGGAAACUUGUCUCAUUUUGGCUGUAACGCCAGCUAAUACAGAUUUAGCCAAUUCGGAUGCAUUGAAAUUGGCCAAAGAGGUCGAUCCACAGGGUGUGCGCACAAUUGGUGUGAUCACUAAACUCGAUCUUAUGGACGAAGGCACAGAUGCGCGUGAUAUUUUAGAAAAUAAAUUAUUGCCACUGCGACGCGGCUACAUUGGUGUGGUGAAUCGCUCACAAAAAGAUAUUGAGGGACGUAAGGAUAUUCAUCAAGCCUUGGCGGCUGAACGCAAAUUCUUCCUUAGUCAUCCAUCUUAUAGACAUAUGGCCGAUCGUUUGGGCACCCCAUACCUACAGCGUGUGCUCAAUCAACAGUUGACUAAUCAUAUUCGUGAUACGCUUCCCGGUUUGCGUGAUAAAUUACAAAAGCAAAUGUUGACAUUGGAAAAGGAUGUGGAACAAUUUAAGCACUUCAGACCUGACGAUCCUAGCAUUAAGACAAAGGCGAUGUUACAGAUGAUCCAACAAUUGCAGUCAGAUUUUGAGCGUACCAUUGAAGGUUCCGGUUCAGCUUUGGUCAAUACAAAUGAACUAUCUGGUGGUGCUAAAAUCAAUAGAAUUUUCCAUGAACGUUUACGUUUCGAGAUUGUAAAAAUGGCUUGUGAUGAAAAAGAAUUACGUCGCGAAAUCUCUUUCGCCAUUCGUAAUAUACAUGGUAUUCGUGUGGGCCUGUUCACACCCGACAUGGCCUUCGAGGCGAUUGUCAAGCGUCAAAUUGCACAAUUAAAGGAGCCGGUCAUCAAGUGUGUCGAUCUAGUCGUACAGGAAUUGUCCGUUGUGGUGCGCAUGUGCACAGAUAAGAUGUCACGCUAUCCACGCUUGCGUGAGGAAACCGAACGCAUCAUCACUACACACAUACGCCAGCGUGAACAGUACUGUAAGGAACAAAUCCUGUUGCUCAUCGAUUUCGAAUUGGCCUACAUGAAUACCAAUCAUGAGGAUUUCAUUGGCUUUGCAAAUGCUCAGAAUAAAUCUGAAAAUGCCAACAAGACUGGCACACGCCAGUUGGGCAAUCAGGUUAUACGCAAAGGCUAUAUGGUCAUACAAAAUUUGGGUAUUAUGAAAGGCGGUUCGCGUCCCUAUUGGUUUGUACUGACAUCGGAGAGUAUUUCCUGGUACAAGGAUGAGGAUGAGAAGGAGAAGAAAUUUAUGUUGCCGUUGGAUGGUUUGAAAUUACGCGAUAUUGAACAGGGCUUCAUGUCAAUGUCAAGACGUGUCACAUUUGCUUUAUUCAGUCCAGAUGGACGUAAUGUUUAUAAGGACUACAAACAACUCGAGCUGUCCUGUGAGACCGUUGAGGAUGUGGAAUCGUGGAAGGCUUCAUUCCUACGCGCCGGCGUAUAUCCCGAGAAGCAAGUGGCACAGGAGAAUGGCGAUGAGCAGGAAGGACAAGAGUCCGCCAGCGAAGAGAGCGCAUCGGAUCCUCAACUGGAGCGCCAAGUGGAGACCAUACGCAAUUUGGUUGACUCAUACAUGAAGAUUGUCACAAAGACCACACGUGAUAUGGUACCCAAAGCUAUAAUGAUGUUAAUAAUUAACAAUACAAAAGAUUUCAUUAACGGCGAACUGUUGGCGCACUUGUAUGCCACAGGUGAUCAGGCACAAAUGAUGGAAGAAUCGGCGGAAUCAGCUACAAAACGUGAAGAGAUGUUACGUAUGUACCACGCCUGCAAGGAAUCGCUUAGGAUUAUUGGUGAUGUUUCCAUGGCCACAGUUUCCUCACCGCUACCACCACCUGUCAAAAAUGAUUGGUUGCCUAGCGGUUUGGAUAAUCCACGUCUCUCACCACCCAGUCCUGGUGGUCCACGCAAACCUGCACCUACAUCACAGGGCUCAUUAGGCAGUGCCGGUGGACGCGGCCCACCACCACCACCCGCCUCAGGGCGCCCAGCACCAGCGAUCCCCAAUCGCCCAGGCGGCGGUGCACCACCAUUGCCAGGCGGUCGUCCUGGCGGCGCUCUGCCACCACCACUAUUACCUUCUCGUGUCACCGGAGCGGUUGGCGGCGCAAUUACGCAACAAUCUGGAGCAAACCGUUACAUACCGGCGAGUAUGCAGGGACAGGUGAACCAGGUCGUGGGCCAGGCAGCCGUGAAUGAACUUUCGAACGUUUUUGCGACACGCUUCAAUCGUCCUGUGCCGAAUGCACCACCCAAGCUGCCGGAACGACCUUCAUAUUAUGGCAACACCACAAACGGGCGGCCAUAUUAAACAGGCUGUGCAAAUGGCGGUUGCGCCAUUAAAAGGUACUCGUUUUGCGAGUGGAUUCCACCGCUUUUGUUGGUGUUCGUAUGUAACAAUACACAAUAGACUUUAAAUAUUAACAAGAGGGUAGUGAAGACAAAUUGAUUGAACGUAGUGUUUAUCGAAAGUUUUAAGCGAAAAAUAACAAAAAAAGCAAACGAAAUUUGAAAGUUGGAAGCGCGCGUAAUUUUCCUUGUGUGCUCGCGUUAAAUUUGUUACUUGUAGCCGUAACUAAAUUAUAUAGUAUGUGGUGUGCGUAAUUUUUCAUUUGACGUUUAGAAAUGUGGAUAUUAGCUGAUUCACGAAGAAAAUUAAAUUUUUGGCCAGCAAAACGCAUAUAAAUUCAUUUGUAAUAUUGUUUCCAAACUGUAAAAUUAAUUGUCUAACAAGGAGUGCUGAGUUAAAUACGUAAAGCAAAUAAAAAAUUAAAGUAACAUAAGGCCUAAGGACUAUCAAUCGCAUACCCGAAACCAAAACGACUUAAUUUACACAAAAUAUGCAAACAAAGCGUGUAAAUAAUUCAAAACAUGUGCUAAGCUACAUUUACCCACAUUUUUGCAGCACACGCAACUAAAUUUUCUAUUAAAAUGGAUAUUUUGUAAAUAAAUAAAAAAUUACACAAUUCAUAGUUAUUUAUAAAUACAACUGCACAGCUACGUACAAUUGUUAGCAAACAAAUCGUGAUGAUCAGCUGAUUUAAGUAUUUUUUUAAUUACAAAUUAAAAUUACUCCACUAUAAUUUUAUAAAUGCUACAAUAAGUGUAGAAAAUUAAAGUAUAAAACUUUAGCACAUUAAGUAUUGUAACCAUAAUAGUAACAGUCAAGCUAAGUUCUGUAUAUUUAAUAAACGAAAAUAUAAAAUAUUUAAUUAAAAGAAAUAAAUAAAUAAAGCUAUAAAACCGAA